AUGAAUGCUACAAACAAUUUGAAUGAAGCAAGUUCUCAUACAGCGACUUUAAAAUUGCGUACUUCGAAGGUCUGUGAUAUUGGUCCAGAAGAAGAAGCUCUGAGGAAAUUUCGAUUCCGAAAGAAUAACAAUAACGCUGCCUUAAUAUUGAAAGUUGACAGGGAACGGCAAGCUAUAUGCAUCGAUGAAGAAAUAGAGGAUGUUGCAUUAGAAGAUCUACGUACUUUACCCGGACAUCAGCCGAGAUAUGUCAUUUACAGUUACUGCAUGGAGCAUAAAGAUGGCAGACUUUCCUAUCCGAUGUGUUUCAUUUAUUAUACUCCAAGAGAUAGUCAGGUGGAACUGCAGAUUAUGUAUGCUGGCACAAAAUUGGCGCUUCAGCAUGAAGUAGAAUUAACUCGUUCAUAUGAGGUACGUGAGCUAGAUGAAUUAACAGAAGAUUGGUUACGUGAAAAAUUAUCUAAAUGAUUAUUUAAAUUAUUUAGAUAAAUUGCAUUUAUACAG